CUCUGUUUACCGCGCGGUACUGUGGCCGGCGAGCGCCUCGCACUCACGUGUGUAUCGCGAAAUCGAGUUUUCCGGCGGCUGCCGACCUGCAUUAGCAGCCUAUGGUGUUUUCCAAAAGUUUAUUGGUGCUAAUUCGUGCCGGGUGUUGAGAUAACAUUGCAGGGUCCGACGGAUAGAUCGAGCGUUCCUAUUUCGGUCCUGCUCAUAAAAAUUAUAGGUGUUUUCGGCGGAUGCGAUGAAUAAAUUUUGCAAAUCGAGUCUGUGUGUCGAAAAGGUUCGUGAGAGCUAUGUUUUGAUCGGUCGGCGUGUUGUGGCUGUGCCGGGCGGUGCGGAUGCGUUUCGGCUCGGGUUCCUGCUGCCGGUAUCUGUGAAAUUGCGACAGUGUUACCAAUUCUUGACCCUGAGGGUUCUGGAUCUCGGAGACGGAGUCGGAGCUGUAAACAAGGACUUGAUCCAGAUGCUUCACGCUGUGCCUGGCACAUGUUAAGAUAGCGUCACGUCGUUACCAACGUUACCUCCCUGUGAAGACUUCUAUUCGGAAGACUUAAGUGCCAUUGGGAACCAGUUUACCACAAUCAGUGAUAUUUAGCGUUAGGACAUAGUGAUAGUGCGUAAUCGUGAUAUAGACUUAGUGUUUAUUCGUUGACCGAUAGUUUUAGUGUGAAACGUAACCAAAAAGAAGCGAAGCUGGCUCCUUACAAGGAUAUAAUGAAUUCGUCGAGCAUAAGCUCAGCUGUGCCGACGAUUAAAUGUGAGGACACUUCCCCGUCGCCGACGGCUGCGGUGGGUACGGACGGGGAGUCGGGGGCGUAUCUAAGUGUGAACGUGAACCUCAGCGCUGCCAUGAUGAACCUCCUCGCGGCAGAGGGUGCCGGCAACACUACACUACGGACACCUGAGAUUGUUAACGAUGUCAUCACCAUGACAAAUCCUCUAGAUCAGUACAAUUACGAUAAAAAUUCUAGUUUCAAGAAUGCGAUAUGUCAAGACUCAAAUUCUUCAAUGUCUAACAGCUCCUCUGUUACUUCACCAGCAUCAGGCACUCCACCCAGCAUACAAAAGACGUGUUCGGAAUUAAUAAAGGCUGGUUUAAAGUUAUCCAUAGAGUCGAAGAGGAAGAUGUCAGGCAGCGACACAGAUGGAGGAUUCAAGCGGCUUAAGAAGGAGGAAAGCGAUGAUGACUAUGAUAGCAGUCAUACGCAAGCACCUAAAAACGAGUUAACACCUGAAGAUGAAGAGCGAAGACGACGCAGAAGAGAAAGAAAUAAAAUAGCAGCUACGAAGUGCAGGAUGAAGAAACGGGAAAGAACUGUGAAUUUGGUGAAUGAAAGUGAAGUUCUCGAAACACAAAAUAUAGACCUAAAGGCGCAAUUGAAGGAUCUCGAAGUUCAGAAACGACAGCUGAUUGACAUGUUAUCACUGCACGCGGCAUCCUGUGUCAAGAACAAUUCGAACGCGAGGACGUCGCCUUCAACACCCUACAACAUGAUUCGAACAUUUGAAUCGCCGACAACAUUCCCAGUUUCCUUCGACACCCACUCACCGUACAUACGACCAGAGUCAGCGAACAUACUCGCUUCAAGCUACACGUGUGCCACACCCAUCAACGGAGACUCCAUAGACACCAUAUCGUCACUCGAAACGACAUACUUGACUCCGCAGACAAUAGACAUCGAGUACAACAGACCGGACAGCGUCCUCAGUCUUCCUCCAAACUCUGACGCAGGUUAUAUAACCACCGAUGGUUACUUGCCGAAAACGACCACGAUUUUGGGUCCGAUGGAGCCAGAGGCGGAAUAUUAUGAAUCUGAGUUAACCUAUGUGAGUCCCCAGCAAUGCCAUAGCUACCCGAGCAACAUUCAAGACAGCCAAUCAAAACUCAGUAACAAUCUAAACGACGGCUGUCUCGUUUAGUGGCGGGCGAUAUUACAAUACGGGGUCCAAAAUUACUUUCACACGUAUACGUAUAGUUUAGACCUUGGAAUAAAAUAAUGUUUCAUCCCUUAUUAAAUCGCAUUCGUUUGAAUUUCGAUUCGCUAUUAAAGCUAGUUAUAUUUUUUGAUGUAUUAAAAGCACAUCUUUCUUGAUUUGUCACGCCAGUCGUCGGAAAGGUAUUAUUUCGAAACGAAAUCGUAUGUCUACUGUGUAGAACAACAACGUAGAGUAGGGAGCUGUAACGUAACGGUUACGUGCGUAGUAACAACUGGAUAUAUCAGAUAUUUGCCGCAAUGCGGCGUUUGCGAUGUCACAUCAUACGUUUAAUUUAUUGUUUUAAUAUUUCAAGUGUUGUGAAAUAAUAAAAAUCACCAUUACCGAGUAACAUUCAAUAGGACUGUGUAACAGUUGGUAGGUAGGUAUAUAUUUUAUUUUUACUAUAGAAUAACUAAUAUUAUCGCAUUCGUUAUAUCGUUUCGUUCGUUAAGUUCUAUAAUUUUGCUUUGAUCUGUACAAAAUAUUUAUCUAAUUAUUAGAUCUGAUUAAUUUAAUGGCGGUGCAAUUGUUGGAAAGAUUGGUUGUAAAUAUCCCUUCAAUAGCUACCUAUGUAUGUCUAGUCGCCAAUAAUGACGCCAAAUUAAAAAUACAUGCAUCACAUGAUAAUAUAUAGUAUCUUUCAGUACAAUUUAACUAAAGAUACCUCCUGUUGAAGUUCCGUAUAUUUUAUUUUACAUAGAAAUAUAUUCACAGAUUAUAUCGGGAUACUGAUAUUCCAUUGUACGUUGUUCGCGUAAGGUUAGAUGUAAGACGCUUUAACUCAGAUUAAGUCGUGAUAAUAUAACUUGUUAUCGAUAAAUUACUUAAGUUUAGAAUUAUUGCGUAUUCAGCUUACAUUACUAAUAAUUAUAAUAUAUUGCAAAAACACGCAGUGUUGAACGAAGACAACAAUGAAAGUGCCUGUUUCAAUCAUAUUCAUAAAAUCGAUUUUGAUUUUACACUCGAUAGAGUGGUUCCGAUUGCUGACCUAAAAAAAAUAACAAUUUUGUGUGCAAUAUAAGAAGACGACUUAUAACCUUUUAUAUAUUAGAAUGUCCAAUUUCAAUAUUCGAUGAUCUUGAUAUAUGUAGGUAUACAGCAGUACAAAUAUAGCGCAACGAACAAGUCAGCAAAGAUUUUAAAGAAGCCAGAUAUAAUGAAAAACAGUGCCUUUUACAACCAGUGAAACUAGUCUCUCGGCUGCCAACGUAUAACGGCAUUAAAGCAGCCAGUCGCGAAAGCAUUUAUUUUUUUAUUGUUAUUGUGAUAAACAAAAAUAUCACUUGUUCAAAAAUUAUAAUAAAGAUUUAAUUUGUUUUAUAAUUGCAAAUGGUGAAUGAAAAUGAGUACUCAGUGUAAGUGAAUACUUACGCGACCAAACAUCUAUAGGAAGCUGUCAAACCUGUGUAAUAUAGCGACAACUAAGUUAAUCCUAGUUGUCUCGCUUCGUGCGCAGGUGUGAUCGUAGCUUUACAGACGAUGUAGAAUGUGUGUUCGAUUCUGAAGAUAGUACGAUAUUAUAAAAGAGCUUGUAGAUCAUUCGCCGUUUUCAAAUGAAAAGUUUAACAGUUUGGUAGUUUUUAAAUUAAAAACAUUUAAUGAUAGUUUGUCAACUUGAUUAUAUCUCUGUUAUAGUAUGUAAAUUACUACUUUCUAAUAAAUGGAUUGUAUACCGAUGGAAUAUAUAGCGGCUGAUAGUGAACUCAUAUACCCUCGUAGUAAUCUUAUGCCUAAGAUUAACUUUGUAGGGUUUAUUUUAUUCGUAAGAUUUUUUUAUUUUACUUUCAACUUCCACAUAAAAUAUUAUCGCCGAGCACUUGGCAUUGCUUUAAAUUUCUUUUGUACAUUCUGCCCUCCUCUCUCAUGUCUAAAUUUUGAUUAAUACUAAGUCUACUUGUACGUACGUUUUUAGAAAUUCUCAAUUCAAACAAAAAGUUUUUUUCCAUCCACAAGUGCCUAUUUCCGCGUUGAAUACAAAUGAUACGAAUAUGAAACUUGAAAAAAUAAAUUGUAUAUAUUUAAGAUAUAUCUACUUUACAAAUAAUGAUAUUAAGUAUUUUGAUAUUUUGG